AUGUGCAGAAAGAUCCCCUCGGUGGGUGUGCUGUGCCGACAGUACGGAGACCUGCCCCCCCUCACUCUAGAAACCAUCAAAGAACGAGUCAUGUAUGUACUCAAGCUCUACGACAAGAUCAACCCAGAGAAGCUGCAGACGAGCUCUCACUUCAUGAAAGAUUUGGGUUUGGACAGCUUGGACCAGGUGGAGAUCAUCAUGGCCAUGGAAGAUGAGUUUGGCUUUGAGAUCCCAGAUGCAGAAGCAGAGAAGUUGAUGACUCCUGAGGAGAUCGUACAGUACAUCGCAGACAAGAAAGACGUUUAUGAGUAAUCUGCUCUGUAGCACACCAGAGAUAGGGUCACCUCCACCCACCCAACAGGAAGUUCUUGUGAAGCAGAUGGGCGCCAAACAGUUUCCUACUUCAACUCGUGUCCAUUAUGGCGACGUUGGCUUCAGCUGUCUCGUGUUUGACUGUAUUUAAAUGAACAUGUUCAGGAGAGCUUGGAGAUAAAAAAAAAAAAAAUCAAUAUUAAACAAGAUUAUAUCACU